AUGAUUAAACAUCCCGAUUACUGGCUUGAAGAUGGUUCUGUCAUUAUUAUCGUUGAAGACACAGCGUUCCGAGUGUACCGAUCUUUGAUCACUAGACUUUCGCCUCAUAAAAAAGUACUAUGGCACAUCAACGUAUCCCCUGACGCUGGCUUGCUCAGCCAAACGCAAGAUGAGGUUUCAUUGCCCUGUUUUACAGUCCGAUCCGAGAAGGGUAUUGCAAAAGAAGAUUUUGAAGCUCUUAUCGCUCAUAUUCUGCAUGCCAUAACGAUAACUGAAGAUACCGCGUUCGCGCACAUCCUGCGUUUAUUUAUGGUCUCGUCUGCUUCGAAAGGAAAUUUCGCGAAGAUCCACUGUUUAGCGAAGAAUCAUCUUGACGCAUAUAUGCACCGGAAUCCGCUCGAUAUCGACUUCUCCGGUUACAGCCUAAUUGCGAGCGCUCUCGAUUCUCUGGAUGAAGGAAAAGACAAAUCGCUUGGGUGUUCACUCAAACGGGCAUUGUAUUAUUCCUACACCACACAAGAUGGUGUUACAUUCGAGGAUGGUUCUGCUGAUGCAGACCCAGGUGCAAAAAAGCCAGACAAUGCACAAGCACCUGUCGUCCACAAGAACCAUUUAUCCAAGGAAGAUGCAGCUAUUUGCGAGCGAGUGAUGGCACAACUAUCGGAAACGUUCUCUCCUACCCUUUUCCAGCCUCCAGCAGCCCUGCAUAUGUAUUGUACAGACGUAUACGCUGCACUUUGGAUGGAACGCGCGAUUCAGCCGGCAUUCGAAAAUAACGGAACAGCGAACCCAUUCUCAACAUUGCGGCGACUUUGUACACUCGAUUGGAAACGUGAAGCAGACGAGAGUCUCGGAGAAAGGUCUCAGCCUUGUGAUGGAUGUCUUGAGAAUAUGAGGCAGCAAUGGAAUGAUGAGGCUCAGGCAAUCUGGGAAAUGAUGGAUACCUGGCUUUCGGUUUGA